CAGUCGAUACAAAAUUUUUGGGACCCGACAACGAGGACGUGUUUCCCGUGAGCAGAACUGCAGAAGCAUCAGAAUUGCCCUUUCUUGAGGACUCCGAGUUCGCUCUCCGCUCCUCUCUCUCUCUCUCACUCCACACUCUUCUAGUCCUCUACUGUAUCCCUCACUAAGCUCCACCAUCUUGUACGGCCCCCAAUAUUGCUUUCAGUUGGUAUUUGUUACUCCGAACGGAAGUUCGAAUCGAGUAUUAAUCAUAGUGUUUGUUGAUGUAUUGUUUAAAUUUCCCUCUCAGCUCCUAAAUCCAGCCUUAACAAUGGCCGAACAAAGUGAGGAGGAGAAGCGAAUCGAGUCCGAGCAAAUCGAGAAGCUCUACGAGUUUGGCGAACGCCUCAAUGAGGCCAAGGACAAGUCCCAGAAUGCCAGUGACUACCGGGGAAUUAUCGACGCUACCAAGACGAGCAUAAAGAUUAAGCAGUUGGCGGCGCAGCUUAUUCCACGGUUCUUCAAGUUCUUCCCCGAAUUCUCCAGCCAGGCCGUGGACGCUCAUCUUGACUUGAUCGAGGAAGGAGAUACACAUGUUCGUGUACACGCAAUUCGUGGGCUUCCCCUCUUCUGCAAGGAUACCCCUGAGUAUCUUCCAAAAAUUGUAGACAUUCUUGUACAACUCCUUGCAGCUGAGGAAUUUUUGGAGCGAGAUGCUGUGCAUAAAGCCAUUAUGUCCUUGCUGAGACAGGAUGUGAAAGCUUCAUUGUCUGCCUUAUUUAAGCAUGUUGGGAGUGUUGAUGAACCAUCUACGGAUGAAUUUAUCCGUGAGAAAGUCUUAAGCUUUAUAAGAGAUAAGGUUUUCCCUCUUAAAUUUGAACUGUUGAAGCCUCAAGAGCAAAUGGAAAGACAUAUAACUGAUUUGAUAAAGAAGAGUUUAGAAGAUGUAACUGGAGCAGAAUUUAGAAUGUUUAUGGACUUCCUAAAAAGUUUGAGCUUUUAUGGAGAAAAAGCUCCUCCCGAGCGUAUGAAGGAGCUUGUUGAAAUAAUUGAAGGACAGGCAGAUUUAGAUACACAAUUCAAUGUGUCAGAUACAGAUCAUAUUGACAGGUUGAUAUCAUGCCUUUACAUGGCUCUUCCAUUUUUCCUGAGGAAUGCAUCAAGCAGCAAAUUCCUCAAUUAUUUGAACAAACAUAUCAUACCCGUUUUUGACGAGCUUCCGGAGGAACGGAAACUUGAUUUACUCAAAGCCCUUGCUGAAAUUUCAUCCUAUACAGCGCCGCAAGAUUCACGCCAGAUUCUUCCGUCGCUUGUUCAACUACUACAGAAGUAUAUGGCUCGGAGGAAGACUGGAGAAGAGAUGAACUUUACUUAUGUGGAGUGUUUGUUGUAUGCAUUCCACCAUUUGGCUCACAAGGCUCCAAAUGCGACUAACAGUUUAUGCGGCUAUAAGAUAGUGACCGGCCAACCAUCAGAUAGACUUGGUGAGGAUUUCUCAGAGAAUUACAAGGACUUCACUGAGAGGUUGAAAAAUGUAGAAGAACUAUCUAAGGCUACCAUGAAAAAGUUAACCCAGGGAAUGGCUGAGCAAAGCAAAGCAAUGGCAGCAGCUAAAUCUGAUGAAGCAAAGGAUAGCAUUAAAACUCAAAAACAGAAUACGACAACUGGGCUGCGGACCUGCAGCAACAUAUUGGCAAUGACUAAGCCUCUGUAUUCAAAAACACCUUCAUUUAUAGGAGAUAAAAGCGUCAAUCUCUCUUGGAAAGAAGCAGCGAAACCUUCUUUGUCUUCCACCAGCACUACUGCUGGAGGGAAACGGCCUGCUGCUGCUGCUUCCAAUGGGUCCAGUAGUAUGAGCAAGAAGGGCCGUGGAACUGGUGGCAUGCGAAAUCAGCUUGUUAAUAGGGCAUUGGAAGAUAUUUCUCACGGAGGAAGGGGCGGUGGCAGGGGAAGGGGCGGUGGCAGGGGAAGGGGCAGGGGCAGGGGCAUAGGUAGAGGCUGGGGUGGACGUGGACGUGGACGUGGAAGGGGUUACUGGUAGAUUUGAUUCACGUGCACAGAGGAAGAACAGAGUUUCAAAGAGUUAAUAUGUACCACAAGAAUGGAAAUAGAAGUUAAUGUACCAAAUUUUUUCUGCAGGAAUGAGAUUUGAUACGUAACAGGCAGCGGACCAGUUUUUAGAUUUGUUGUGGGCUAACAAUUCGAUUGCUUGUUCAAGUUUUAACUUGGAGCUUGUUCUAGUAGAAUGACUUGGGAUGGACUUUUGGCUUCAGAUUUAGGAAUUGCUUCAUGCUUAGCGGUGGGUUUACUCGAGCCAAGUUUGUGUAAGAUGGGGUGUUUGCCAAUAUUGAAUGUUUAGACGUUUUGAAUGUU